AUGUCGGGACGAAUUCUGCAACAAGUCCGACUUACUCACUCAGUCCGUUUUGCAGCAUUUGCUGUUCCUCGUCGAAGAUGCUACUCGUCUCUUGCUCUCAAGACACACACCCCCGAUGUCGAGCAAAACGUAUCGGAACCGGUCGCUGGCUCAAGCUAUGAAUCGCUGACGGAAGCACGUCGUUAUCCCAACAAUCUCGAUACACGCUUGGGUGCAGAUGCGGCAGAAAGCUCUGAACGGUUAGACGGGGGCUCUAAAAAGUCGCGUCAGAAAGGCGGAAAAAACUCCGAGGAGACCUCAGAGGCAUCAUGGCCCAAUCGCCUCGGUCCGAAGCCAAGCAAAGUAGAAGAGCAUCUUGCUUCGCUGAGCAUGGCCGGCAUGGAACCCACUCUCUGUGAUUUGGAGAAUUGUCGCCCGGAAACGACCCCAACUCCUGACUCUCCGGAAUACGCGACGCGAUAUAAUGCCCUAGUCGAUUUGUUGUGCCGUUCCUUUAGCAGGAAACAGCUACGCGGUUUCCUAGAAGAAAGGGAUCCGACAAAUUCGUUUUGCUCCUCGAAACGGAGGAAAGUUCAAUACGCAGAAAGCAUUAUUGAAUUUAUGUGGGACUGGCCGAGUCUGAAGGAUAUCGAGAGGGAAAAACGCGAUCGUACAGAGGUGUCUGUUCAAUCAUUUCCUGUCACCGCGAGCGAACUUUUUUUGCUGCUCGGCAAAGAUGGUGCCGAUCUAUUGGACAUGUCAUUCAAAUACAAUGUGCACAUAGCACUUGCACCUGGCCCUCUUUCCCUCAGAGUCGAAGGUCUACGGGACUCGCUGAAAACGCUCGCAGAAGAGAUCCAUCACAUCAAGCAGACCAUCGUGCAAGACACCUUCCAACUACCUACUCGGCAACCUGUACGCUCGGACAUGAUACAGCGAAUAUCGCGGCUAGCAGGGGCCUACCUGGAGAACAUAAGCUCCGAAGGGACCAUUAGAAUGUAUUCUCGAAAUGCUCGAAACCUUGAGAUUGCGAAGUGGCUGGCAAGUCGUGCAGGCUACGAGUUCAAUCAAGACAUGCCAUAUUCCCGAUUGGCGUAUAUUCCUACUUCUAAAGUGGAAUCUGAGCCACCUGUGAUGUUGUUCCCAUCCACCUAUUCUCUAUAUCCUUUCCUGUCCCCCCGGCCACUACCGUGGACAAUGAACACCAGCGGCGCCUUCCGUGUGAGGCGAGUUUCUGAACGGCUCGGGGGUGGGUACGGUGAAGAUAUACAGGCUACGGGAGGCUUAGCCGGGGAGAAAGGCCGUAUCUUCACAAUGGCGCAGGAUGCCGUGGGUCUGCGGGACAUGUUAUUCAGUAAUCUGCCAGGAGGGCCCUUGUCCCUAGGCCCAUCGAGCCGAGUCGUGAAGGCAUCCAUGGGUCAUGUCCUUAUCACGACGACCUCUCCGGGCCAGCAUGCUAGUUUAGUACCUCCACUUCAAGGCAACCGUGCUUUCAGCGACAUCCUUAAAUGGAUGGCUGACGAUGAUAUUCGAUCUUCUUUCGUGCCAAGUUUACCGACUGUCAUCGUCGACACCAUACCUUCGCACCAGCAGACUAUACACCGGCUGCUAUACCAUGCCAUCUCAUCCCCGGACAGCAAUCAUUCGACAUGCCGGACGCGCGACCAGGCUGCCUCCCGCGUGGACAGAAUUCUGUGUUACGAGAUCACUCUUGCCUCGCCUCGUCUGGCUGCUUCAGAGCCCGCGCCGGAUAGCGCAGCUUCCGAGACCCCGUCAAGCUCGCUGGACGGAACAACAACGAGCGAAGCACUGUCAGAAACGCAGGAAGCAGUGGCAAGAGAAACUCCGACAGGUCCAGCUGAAGAGACGGCGAGCGAAGCGCCAUCAGAAUCUACUGAGACGGCUGCACACGAGUUGUCAUUAAUUACCCGUCUUCGAUGCUGGGCAGGUGUCCAGACCGAGGUGGAUCUCAUGAUGCCGGAUCGUCCGAUGGACAUGAAGCUUACGGCACUGGAAUCUACCACCAUUGAGUCUGGUCAGGAGCCCUUGGAGCUGCGUGACUACGUUAAAAGUUUCCGAGCUUUCACUGACUUGUGCAACAGCCUCGAGGAGGACGCAGCACAGCCUGACCCGCCAUUGAGGUUGGAUCACGGCGGUCAGACAUUCAUCCUGCACACUAGUGCCAGCGUCCGGCGGAGUGUGGAGGACGUGAGGAUGCCGGACAAGAGAUUACAGCCUGGGAACGCGGCCGAGCCUCUCACGAUACGAAUAGUCAGCGAGAGCAUCUCAGACCUGGAAAGUAACCAAAAGUCGACACAAUGCGAGAUAACUUGCGAUAAUCACACGUCCGAGGAGGGCUGGAAACGCUUCUUGGGCGACUGCGAUAUGCUCACUUCUUCCACUUAUCGACCUAUAGGCGUUGUUGUAUUAGAGCAGGAUCAAGAUGUAGCGCUUUGA